AUGUCGUUUCGCUCCAUCACGCUCUCGUUCCCCUCGAUGCUGGCGUUCGCCGCGCUCCAUUGCCUCGCGCGCGCGUCCUCUCUGCCGAUGGCAUCGUUCAUGGCUUCCCCUCCCGCGGAAUUCGUGCUCACUGAGCCCGCAAGUGCCGAGUCUUACGCUCCUCCGGACCUCACCGUGUCCUACGAGGUGAAUGUUGAUCUCGCAAACCUCGCCUUCGACUCGCUCUCGCUCUUCUACGAGAGUGAGUCGACCCUCUCGACGUGCUCUGCAUCCGCCGCUGGCACGCCCUACGCUUCUCGGAUCGCCGACAGCAGCAUCGGCUCCAACGUGCCGCUGACGCACCGUCGCACUACCGGCAAUCCGAUCCUCGAGCCGCCCACGCUCUCCUCGACUACGUGGGCGACUUCACGCACCUGUCCAUCGUCUCGCUCCUCGAUGACGACGACACCCUCGCCUGUGGCAUCUGGCUCUGAGCUCCUCCACGGCUUCACUUCCAGCACGCCUCUCUCCGACGUAGCGUCAACUGGGACUCGACUCGUGCUCGUACCCGCUGAGGCCACCAACAACGUCUCGCAGAUCGACCUUGUCUCUCUCACCGGCGCGCCGAGGGCCCUUGCCACCUGCGCCUCCUCCAGCAAUUUCACCGCUGGCUCCCUCCCUGGCAGCUAA